AUGCCCUUCUUAGGGACAGCCCUCAACACCGCCGGGCUCCUUUUCCUGACACACGCAGUAUACUCAACCCACGAGCAUACCGCGACGUUCGCGCACACGCCGCUCCCCCUAGACAUCACCAUCGAGCUCCUGGUUUCGAUCCUGAUACUCUCGGCUGGCAUUGUGGUAUCCUCGCCGCAGCUGAAACCGAUCCAGUGGGCGAAAUGGGCGGGGAAGAUACAGCGUGGGGGCAGGCAUAGCGAGGGGAAAUGGACAAGGGAGGGUGAGGAGGUGCUGAGCGAAGGGGAUCCGUAUGCGUUCUUGGGGCUUGACGGCGGCAUUGGAGGGAAGGGAGAAGGGAGGAGAGGUUUCUGGGACGUCAGGGGAAAGAGGAAAGAGUAUGCCCACUGGGCGAAGACUGGCGGAAAGCAAUGA